CCCCCCAAAAAAUCCCAUCUUCGAAGACGCCCCCCCUUCCCUUGCCUUCCCCCCCCCCCCCCCCCCAUCUUCCAGUCCGCAAUCCGCGCACCGAAGCACAAGGUGCCAGUCAGUCCCCAAGCCCGCAGAGUCCAAGUCCCCCAACCUAAGCAGUGCAGUCACUGUUCCUGCUCGUUCGCCCUCUCUCUCUUUUCGGCUUGGCCUAGGCUCCGGCCUGCACGCUCCUGCACUGGGACCUGUCUCGCUCAACUCGUACCGCACCGCACCAGCACCAGCACUGCUACCUACUACUCCUACCCAGGUACUGCUGCUGCUGCUGCCACCACCACCACCGCUGGUGUCUGCUACGCUCCUUUGGGGGACCCAUCCAUCUUUCUCUCCUUCGUGUCGUGCCCCCCUCUCUUCUUCUCUUUCAAUCUCUUUUCCACCCUCACUUGCUCGACCCAAAACACCCUUCUCUACCUCACCUCCGGUCCUCAACACUCGAUUUCCUCCUCAUACUACAUUCUCCCGACUCGGCCCAGCUUUUCGAAACGCUCCAUCCCUCCCCGUCAACGAGGCGCAACCGCUCAACCCUUUCUUCGACUUGAUCCGUCUGCUGGUUUCGAUCGGUUCGUGGACACGCUCUUCGCGAUCACAAUUCGAAAAGUUUUCCACCUCACGACGCCCACAACACACGCUUGUGACAACCUAACGGUGUUUUCCUGGUUUCGGGACGACCGCGGUGUGUGA